UAUGCAUUAUGAUUACAUUGAACCAACUAGUGUGUUUGACAAUUUUUUUCUCUGGGUUUGCUGUUCCAAAGGAACUGUAUUCUUCGAAAUUUGAUAACAUAGACUACGAAGAGGUCUUAAGAAGUGACCGGUUACUGAAGCAUUAUGCAAAUUGUCUAUUGGACAAAGGAAGUUGCCCACCAGAGGGAGCAGAAUUAAAAAGGAUCUUACCGGAUGCGUUAGAAACCGAUUGUGCCAAAUGCACUGAAGGUCAGAAGAGAGGUGCAAAAAGAGUGAUCCAGUUUUUAGUUAUCAGUAAACCGGAUACAUGGGAACAACUCAUGGCUAAAUACGACCCCAAUGGAGAAUUUAAGGAAAAAUAUGAGAGGGAGUGGUUAAAUGAAGAUUAAUACGCAUGUUUCAAAAGUAUGGAAUAUAAUAUAAUAAUUUAAAAGGUAACGAUGAGUUUUUUACAAUAAUAUUCAGAUAUGUAAAUGUCGUUUUAUAAAAACACAUAUUUCUGUAGAAAAAUCUAUUUCUGACUGUAAUUUAAUUUCUAGCAAGGAUGAACUAAUUCUAUCUUACUUCUGUAUUUUACUCGCAAGUGCUAUUGGUAUUUACCAUUCCUUCAUCAAUAAAAAAUCCAAUUUUAUUUGAACACCGAUGUAAUUUUUCAAACUAUUUUCCGUUCCAAACUCUCAACUUUACCGAAAAUUAUCUUCAUCCGCUUUUUCUACAUUGUUGUAUGCAGUAAAACAUCCACACUCUCAGAAAUUGAUUCGUCUACAGGGCUGGCCCCGUUUCGGGUUAGAAGUGGGACUUACUAUUCAGAUUAUGAAACGUCUUCAAUGUAACCAUCCUUGUCUAUCGCA